GUCAUUAUCUACACAGAGCUUACUCAUCUAUACUCGGCACAUUUUACACGAUCGAAUCAUGUGCUCAUACAAUCACGUGAUUACUCCGUGACCAUGGAGCAAGUUUGCAGUAACUCAGUACUUCGUACCUCUGUACUACAUACUCUGUAGAGAGUGCGAUUUCCUUCCCAUUCAUGUUUGUUUUACACAAUAGCGUUAUGAGUUCUUCUGUCAUUUCUGUUGCGCUACCAUGGCAACCCUCCCAUAUCGAAACAGCCCUUUUACACGUCUUACACAUCUUACGCACAGAAAUGUGUCUUGGAGCACCCCUCGCCUGACAGUGUCUGGUCGACACUUGCAUCAGACCGACGGCUGCAGUAGCAAACGUGCAAGUAAGCAGAAUACCGGCAUCACACCAGCGAGCUGCAAAAACGAUGUCAUUAUUCCGGACAGCCUGGAAAAAACCCUGAAUGCGCACCGCAACGCCAAUCGCGCAAGCCUUGUUCGCAAAGUCCCCGUCCGAAGUCGAUUGCUCAAGAUACCAUCCAAGUCACGAGAAUAUCAGCUCGGUGGUAAACUCAGUCCCACUGUCAAUCAGGCAUCAUCCUCCCUGGAAGCUCCCGCGGCCUCCUCAUCUUCAAAGUGUCCUGAAGAUGUCGCCAAAGUCCCCGUCCGUGAUGAAAGUCGAUUCCACAAGAUACCAUUCAACUCACAAGGCUCUCGGCUCGGUGGUGAACCCGGUCACACUAACAAGCAGACAUCAUCCCCCCCUCGAGCUCCCGUGGCCUCCUCCACUUCAAACUUUCCUGAAGAUGCCGCCAAAGACGCAUCAGGCCGUUGUUUAUGGUGAACGCGGGUGCCUUCAGAGCAGACCUUCGUCGAUGGGGGUUCGCAAUUAAGUGCGGAGAUUCAGGCUUUACGAAUUAACCUACAGGUCACUCCCGCCGAGCACACCGAGAAAAUUCGAAUCGUCGACGAUAUCUGCCGCACGCACAAAGAAAUUAUACCUGGUCGGCGCAAUGCUUCGCUAAAAGUCUCAGACUGUCACGAUAC